CUGAGGCAGGAACAUCACCUUCUUCAGUGCUACUGUGUACUCCCCUGGAUACCCCCCAGCCUACGCUAGCUCCCAGGACUGCAUCUGGCUGAUCCCCGUGCCCAUCAGUCAUGGCGUCCUGCUCAACCUCAGCCUGCUGCAGACAGCCUUCUGGAGACUUCAUCGCCAUCUGUUGCAACGCUGGCUACCGCGUGGUGGGACACAGCAUGGCCAUUUGCACCUGGCACCCCCCAGCGCUACCACCUGUGGAGCGAAGCCAUUCCUCUCUGCCAAGACUUUGAAGACGGAGGGAAAAACAAGUUUUUAAACACCUUACAUCCUGAAGGUGCUCAAGAAGUCUAGAAAUUCCAAAUGGCACGAGAAACACACAUCACCCAAGACUCAUGUCCUCACCUUAAAAUUAAUAAAUCCUGACAUUUUUGGAGGGAAGGCCAAGGGGGAGGGGUGCCAUGGGAAACUGGGAUUCCUGGAAGUGGGUACAUCUACAUCAUAACAGCCAGUCUAAGAGGACCUGGAAGCCCCUUGUUCACACCUUUAAAGCAAUGACAUGAAUAUUUAAAGCUGGGCUUAACCGUUUCUGUCCUGGGCAUUUCUCCCUCCUCCUAAGCCAGUGCACGCCGGGGCGGGGGCCAAGCAGAACCAUGGGCAGCCCCAUACCUACCUCCCAAGUCCUGAGCCCCGGAAGUGCGCAGCAGGGUGGGCUCAGGGGCUGGGCCUGCUCCUGGAAGCCUGUGUUGCCUGGGGUAGGGGGGAGGUGGGGGCAGCGUAGUGUACCAGUGCAAUGCUGGCUUCUACCUCAUUGGCAUGUCGGUGCAUCUGCCAGCAGGAUCACCACUGGUCUGGCAAGACCCCUCUCUGUGUGUGUAAGUAUGUUGCCUGCUCUCCCUCACCGUGGAGCUGGGUUCAGCACGUGCUCCCCCCUUAUCUUGUGAUCCCGUUACCGAGGGGCUUUUAUAGAUUUAUUCAUUUUUUCCCAAAUACGUAAUCAUUCCAUGCAUCAUUUUCAGCUCUCUGCAUCAGUAAUUGCAGCUUUUACUUUACUUCCUCCUUGUGAAUUCUUUCAGAUGACUUUUAAGUUCAUUUUCUAGUUUUUGAGUUAAGAAUUUAAGUGGUUCUCAUUCUUUAAAGAUUGUAUUGGUUUUAUCAAUAAAGGUGUUAAGACAAUCACAUUUUUUCUGAUCGCUGCUUUAACUGUAUCCCAUGGCUCCUAAUAAUGGUUAUUUAUUAGAAAUUCUGUAAUUUUACUACUACAGUCCCUUUUUGAAGGACCCUUAUGGGGGAGAGGGACAAGAAACUAGGCCUGGGCAAAUAUCAGGGGCUUCUUAAGAGGUUAGAUGUUCCCCAGAGUCUAGCGGGCAGGACGUUCUCUGGGAAGGAAAAGUCAAUCCCCUUCAGAGAACCUCUAGGCACGCCCAGAGCAGAACUGCCCCUCCCCUCCAGGAAACCUCUGGGCGCGCCCAGAGCAGAGCUGCCCCUCCCUUCGGAGGGUCUCUAGGCGCACACUUAUGAUGUCACUGCGACCGGCCAAUCCUGUAACACCUCAGCACUCUCGCUUAGCACUCUCCCUCAGCAUUCUCCGGUAUGCUAAUUGUCCCUCCGAACCAACCAAUCCCGUGCCACCUCUGCAUUUUAUACCAGCACUCUCCACCAGCAUUCUUCGCCAGCAUUCUCCCAUAUGCUAACGGUCCCUCUGAACUGACCAAUCCUAUGCAUGCGUUAGGAAUAUGCUAAUUCGUUGCCUAUAUAACCUGUGUGAAACUGCCGCUCAGGGCUCCUCACUGCCUGAGGUGGGGGCCCGUUUGCGCAAACGUACAAUAAAUACCUCAUGCUUUUUGCAUCAACUGGUUUGGAGUCUGGAUUUUUGGGCGUCCUCUCGAGCAAGUGGGCAUCUCUACUACUGAGAGGUCCAACAUUUGGCGCCCAACGUGGGGCUCGAGGUCGCCCUCAGACCCAUUCUCUGCAGGACCAGUUGGAGGUAUAAUUAAGUGUUCUCUGUUUGUUGUUCUUCGUCUUCAGUAUUCUGACUGGCCAGUACCUGACCUGACUCUGUAGGACCAGUGGGGGAGGCAGGCGUGCCCAGCAACCCCUGGUCCGUUCCCCGGAGGACGCUCCGGUCUGUGAGACCAGUAGGGGAAACCCUCGGUCCGUUCCCCCGGGUCACGCUCCCGGGGUGGUCUGGAAGUGGGUCGGAGACCAAGUCUCCCUCCUUCCCGGGGAGGGCUGGUCAGGCAGCCGCUCCCAAAAAUAGCGCAAUAGCGUUCGAUUUGUCCUAGCCAUGUGGUUUGUCUUGCUUACUGUAUAUGUCUGUGCAUUGGCUGUUCUUUUUGUUUGGGCUGAAAUCCUUGCACGCAUGGGUCAACAAAUAACCACCCCUUUAAGUCUCACUCUAGAUCACUGGAAGGACGUUCGAGAACGCGCGCGCCACCUCUCAGUGGAGGUUAAAAGGAAACAAUGGGCAAAAUUCUGUUCCUCAGAGUGGCCGGCCUUCGAGGUCGGCUGGCCAAGGAACGGCACUUUUAACCUCGAUAUUAUUUUACAGAUUAAGGAGCGCGUCUUUCAGCCAGGAUCCGAUGGACACCCUGAUCAGGUGCCCUACAUUACCACGUGGGAGGAUCUUUCACGUAACCCCCCUCCCUGGAUAGAACCCUUCUCCUUCCCGACGGAGCCCAUACGGACCCCGAUACCCCCUCCUCCUAUCCCGGUUGUGCCAACCUCCUCCCUAUACCCUCUGAAGGAGAUUCGAGAUCCAAAACCUGACAAGCCACCGGUUCUUCCGGCUGAUCAGGACUUUCUGCUCUUUGACUCUCCCCCACCCUAUCUUCCCAGCCAGCCUGCUCCCCCGCAGGACCCCCCACAACAACCAGAGCGGGAUGUGCAACCUUCUGCACCAUCCCCUGAUUCCACGAGGGCAGGGGAAGAAGUCUCAGCGCCUUCCCCGCCCUCCAGCCGCCUGCGCCUCCGUCGGGGGCAGGCAGGGGGCUCGGGAAGCGUCUGGACUUCUCAGGCUUUUCCUCUUCGCUCGGUGGCUGGCCAGAUGCAGUACUGGCCAUUUUCUGCUUCCGAUCUUUACAAUUGGAAAACCCAUAACCCCUCUUUCUCUCAAGACCCCCAGGCUCUGACUGGGCUGAUCGAGUCAAUUUUAUUGACUCAUCAGCCCACCUGGGAUGAUUGUCAGCAGCUUCUGCAGACCCUCCUCACUACUGAGGAAAAGCAGCGCGUCUACCUUGAGGCACGGAAAAACGUCCCUGGAGCAGAUGGCCGACCGACCCUACUGCCAAACGAAAUCGAGGAGGCGUUUCCCUCAACCCGUCCUGAUUGGGACUACACCACCGUUGCUGGUAGGGAGCGACUUCGUCUUUACCGCCAGAUUCUCCUUGCGGGUCUCAGAGGGGCUGGAAAGCGCCCCACCAAUUUGGCCAAGGUACGUGCAGUAGUGCAGGGGGCUGAGGAAACGCCGGCAGGCUUCCUAGAAAGAUUAAUGGAAGCCUACCGUAUGUACACCCCGUUUGACCCCCUGGCAGAGGACCGGCAGGGAGAUGUAAUCAUGUCCUUUAUAGGACAGUCAGCGCCGGACAUCCGCAAUAAAUUGCAGCGGCUAGAGGGGCUUCAGGGAUAUACUAUACAAGAUUUAAUGAAGGAGGCAGAAAAGAUUUACAACAAAAGGGAGACCCGAGAGGAGAAGGAGGAAAGGAUCCGCAAGGAGCAGGAGGAAAGGGAAGACAAAAGAGACAAAAGACGUAAUCGAGAGCUUAGUAGAAUUUUGGCCACCGUAGUGCAGGAUAUAGAAAGGAGUAGACCAGGACAGAAUAGGGACUUGGGAGACAAACGAAAGCCUCGGGUGGAAAGAGAUCAAUAUGCCUAUUGUAAAGAAAGAGGACACUGGGUCAAAGACUGCCCGAAGAAAACACAGGGACCAAAGAAGAGACCAGUUCCAAUCUUGUCCCUGGAAGAAGACGACUAGGUGAGUCAGGGCCAGGAGCCCCCCCCUGAGCCCAGGAUAACCCUUGAAGUGGGGGGCAGACCGGUAACCUUCCUGAUUGACACGGGAGCCCAGCACUCGGUACUGACUUCAGAAAAAGGGCCUUUAAGCUCCAAGACUUCCUGGGUUCAGGGGGCAACUGGAGGGAAGUUAUGUCGCUGGACAACCAAUCGAGAGGUCCAGUUAAGUACAGGACUUGUGACACACUCGUUCUUACUAGUGCCAGACUGCCCCUACCCCCUCCUGGGCAGGGACCUACUCUCGAAGGUAGGAGCCCAAAUUCACUUCCAUGAGAAAGGAGCUACCAUCACAGACUCAGGAGGGCGGCCCCUCCAGGUAUUAACACUACGCUUGGAGGACGAACACCGAUUAUUCGAGAGGCCCUCGUCCACCAUGGCUCCCCUGGACCCCAAGUGGCUCACAGAUUUUCCUCAGGCCUGGGCAGAGACUGCGGGAAUAGGGUUGGCCAUCAACCGGCCUCCCUUGAUCAUAGAUCUGAAGCCCACGGCCAUUCCCGUGUCAGUUCGUCAAUAUCCGAUGGGCAAGGAAGCUAAGGAAGGUAUCCGGCCACAUAUCCAGAGACUGUUACACCUAGGCAUUUUAAAACCUUGUCGUUCACCUUGGAACACCCCCCUACUACCAGUAAAGAAGCCUGGUACGGGUGACUACCGCCCGGUACAGGACUUGCGGGAGGUUAACAGGAGAACGGAGGAUAUGCAUCCCACAGUGCCCAACCCCUACAAUCUGCUAAGUACCUUGCCUCCGACCCACGUAUGGUACACUGUGUUAGAUCUAAAAGAUGCAUUCUUUUGUUUAAGACUGAGCCCUCAGAGCCAAUCCAUCUUUGCUUUUGAGUGGAAAGACCCAGAGACCGGGUUUUCAGGACAACUCACCUGGACAAGGUUGCCCCAAGGAUUUAAAAACUCGCCUACCUUGUUUGAUGAAGCUCUGCACCUAGAUUUGGCCGACUUCCGAGUCGACCAUCCAGACCUGGUCCUCCUGCAAUAUGUGGACGACCUCCUCCUUGCCGCUGAAACUGAGCAGGACUGCCUAAAAGGUACCGGGGCCCUGCUACAGAGACUGGGGGAAUUGGGCUAUCGAGCUCUUUUUCGUACUGACUUCUCCUCCCCAACAAAAUCAGGGACAGUGGGUCAUCUGAGCUUCACAGAGAUCCUGGACAUAUCUCAAGGUCAGCUGGCAGGACCCCCUGGAGAAAAAAUGGCAUCAUUACAGGUUUUCUGGGAGGUGUGUGGGAAGAACGCCUCAUGUCUCAUGCACAGACUGAACAGCAGCACACAUGAAUACAAGAUCCAAGGACGGUUGUCUCCGACAACCUACACUAUCGACCUAGCAGCUGUCACCGCUGUGGGGGCCAGCCUGACCACCUCAUCCACCGUUUCCUCUAGAGUGCCCCAGAAGCCACUGAGGGCCUUGAAAGGGAUGGGUGAGGGUGACCACGGACUCAAGGUCAUCCUGGCAUCCAGGGCCUUUGACGUGGCUUUGUCUCCCUUCUGCAAGCAUGCGGGGCAGUUGGAGUGUGCAGGAGGGGGAGGAGACUCGGGUCCCAGAGUACCUCCCCAGGGCUCCAUCCAGUUUAGUCAUUUCCAGCAUCAAUCCUCGCUCAGCCACUCUUCAGUUCCGACCAUGCUACGAUGGGAAGACAUCCAUCUGCAGUGGAUUGUGGAGGGGGCAGGCCUGUUUGAGUCAUUGAAUGUAUGGACUGAAUUCAAGUGUAAGGCUUUGUUCGACGUAAACAGGAUGAUGAGGGGCCUCUCCAUCUGCACCACCUGCCUCCUGAGCAUCAUCUAG